CUUCAUAUUGUCGUAAUCAGAUAAACAUUUGGGCAUUAAGUUGGAAAUAGACUUCUUCACAAGUUCUGCGUGAAUUGGAAAAGAUUUAAAAGUCAGUGUUCCUUUAACUAAAUGGGGAAAAGGAGGCUCCGCCCCUUCCGGAACGGUCUUCGACAACAACGUAUAUCGGUUUUUAUGAAUAAUAAGGAAAUUAAAGAUGUCUGAGUAAUCUACGGUAUUUCUACUAAAAACUAAAAUAAGUUAGAAAGUAUAGUGGUUGGAUUGAGAUGAAAUUCCGUCGAUCGAAACACGGAUUGAGAGAAAAAAACAUUUAACUCAACAAAAGAAAAUGGAGGACGGCAGCAGGAGGUUCGGGUGUAGUCUGGGAUGAGUGCCAGAGAAGAACAGCGGCAGUCCAGAUCCAUACUGUGAUCCAGUUCUACUGCAUUGUUCUGACUCUGUGUUUUGCAGAAUAAUGAAGUCCACGUUUCUGGCACUUGGUUUGUACAUAUUCGGUGUUUCUGCUGUCCUUACAUAUGGAGCCAGUUGCAGGAAAGGUGAAUAUCGAUCAACAGCUGGAGAAUGUUGUCCGAUGUGCUCUAUAGGGACAGUGGUUAUAAAAGACUGUAUUGGUGAUUACAGUACAGCAUGUAGACCUUGUACUAAAGGAACAUUCAUGAAUGAACCGAAUGGACUUCCAGACUGUUUUCCAUGUAAAACCUGUGACGCAGGUCUUUUUAUUUUGCAAGACUGUACCGGAACGAAGAAUACCGUCUGUGAGGUCUUGGAUGGAUAUUACUGUUCGCAAUACUCGGAUGUAGAAUGCGAUCAUGCAGUGAAACACAGUGAAUGUAAACCUGGGCAACAUAUAAAAGCUCCAGGAACCAAGGCCUCAGAUACAGUUUGUGAGCCCUGUCCACUGGGAUUUUAUUCUCCUGAAGGUGUGAACUGCACAAAAUGGACUGACUGUUCAGUCAGACAUGAGGUUGAGGUUCAGGAAGGCACUUCCAUCAGAGAUGUUCAGUGCAAACCAACAAGAGAAAGAUAUGGGCUCAUACCAGUUUUCGUCUUAUGCUUACCCACAGUUUUAGUUUUAUUUUUCAAGCACAAAAUGAACUGUUGCACAGGAUUAAAAAGUCCUGUAAUGGAAACAAAUCCUGAAGUUCUAGAAUGUGCAGCAUCAUCCAGUAAACAGGAAGAAAAUGAGGAAGUGGAUCAACCAGCUGCAAGGUGACUGUAAUGAGGAACACACUGUGCAUCUGAAAGAAAAGUGAAUUACUCCACAAGGAUUUAUUUCAGUGUGUUCCUUAGUGUCAUGCCCGCCUGGCUCAAGGCAGCCACAACAUAAAGGGGAGACCACGCCGUUGCACAAUUAACAAAAGACAUUUAUUAAAGUAAAGUAACUAUAUACAAAAGUCAGUGCAUGAAAAAUAAAGCAAAACUGUAGUGUAUAUCAGCAUAAUGAAGUGGAUUGCAAAAGUAAAGCAAAAGGGUCAAGCGCAGCCCGCUCUGGCCUCCAACGCGAUAUAGCCAGGAGAGAGUAGGAGAGACCCCCGGUAGACUGCCAAGCCUAUACUUCUCCACCUCCCAAUCACGCCAUCAAUUAGCCUACGUCACUAGGACUGGAAAGCUCCCCCUGCAGGCCAAAGACAGACACAACACAGAGCCAAUAACACUGGCAAACGGAACUGGAAACGUGACGAACCCAGCACAGGCAAGCUGGGGCGUCACACUUGGCAAACCACCAGCUCUACAAAAGCAGAAAUUGAUUUCUUUCCUUUUUUUUUUUAAGAGGCUUCUCUUACUGUUGCCCUUUUUACUGGUUAAGAAACUCCUUGAGGCACAGUGGUGUUGUGCUCUAUUGUUUCCAUUUUUAAGAAUGGGUUUGAUGGUGCUGCACAGGACGUUCUAUUUUUUUUAACAACUAAACCCUGAUUGAUCCUUUUACAGAACUUUGUCCUGAACUUGUUUUGAUGUCUCCUGCAUCUUUUAAGAUUCUUAUUGUUUACUUCUGUUUGCUAACAUCCUCUGGAUCUGGAACAUGAAGAUCCUGUAAUACAGGGUUGUUCAGUCUUAUCCACAAAGGGCCAGUGUGGCUACAGACUUUCAUUCCAACCAAGUGGGAGCUACACCUGAUUACACUUGUUUAAUCAGUUCAUCUUGGUCUUCAACCAACUAUCAAGGGUGACUCCUAUUUGGCUGGAACGAAAGCCUGUAGCCACACUGGCCCCUCAUGGAUAAGAUUGAAGACCCCUGCUGUAAUACUUUAAUUCAGCUCCAUUCCAUUCAGCUGUGACUUCUAACUUCCACCAAUUUAGGGCUGAGAACUAGUUUAAGGUUUCACUUUUUUCAUUUAUGCAAUCACAGCUUUUACAUUUUUAUGUAUUUGUGAUUUUUAAUUUUGCAUACUGUUUUUUUUUUUGCGUGAAAAAAUUUCCUCCACUUCUUCAAUAUCACAAGUUAAAGGCAAACAAAACCCAAAAAAGAAACUCCUUUAUAUUGAUGGAUAAUAUGCAUAUAAGAAAUGUUUGAGUUCACUUGUUCGGACCUGGACCUGUAUACUGUGUACAGAUUUUAUUUGAAAACAAAAACAAUGUCCCUGCCAUCUUACUCUCUCCAAGGGUCAAAUAUUGUGCUCCAAGUACAAAUUACACAAGAGAAUCCGAAAUUGUGACAUCACUUACAAGCCACAUGACUUUCCAAGGCUGAGCUCUAAUGGAUACAUCGCUUCUAAAUUGUUGUAAAAAAAAAACCCUAAAGAUGCCCGAAUGUCAAGUGUUUGGCUGUAAAAAUAAGCCCGAUGACUGAAGCAAUGAACACAGACACAGUGAGCGCGCACACCCUUUUGCUGCCUAUAAAUGCUCCAUCACCAGCCACUCACAAUGGGUUUUAUUUGUUUUUCAAAAAAAAAAAUUUUUUUCUUGUUUUUGCAGGCUUUUUUUUUUUAAUUCACUGAGAAAGGCGAUCUUUUUAGAUGGCAAGAAUUACAUUGCUAUGGUAACUGGAUUUUUGACUCGUAUCUCUGUAAAUUCUGCAUUAUCUCUCUGAGUGAGAUUUAAACUUCAUAAAAGUGAAGUCUGUUGAUUUGCCUUUUUUGUUGCCAGUAAAAAUCACAUGAUUAUAGAAAAAAAUCUAUUCAGAAAUUUUAUAAUUGGAACGCUUUUUGUUACAUUUACAUUCCAGCACAGUGACGUUCAUUCUCUGUCUUUAACUGUUCUGAAGGAGUGAACACACGCAGGAGUGAACUUAAAUAUUGUCCAUUGCAGUUGCAUUAAAAAAUUCUCAUCAUCUCAUCUCAUCAUCUCUAGCCGCUUUAUCCUUCUACAGGGUCGCAGGCAAGCUGGAGCCUAUCCCAGCUGACUACGGGCGAAAGGCGGGGUACACCCCGGACAAGUCGCCAGGUCAUCACAGGGCUGACACAUAGACACAGACAACCAUUCACACUCACAUUCACACCUACGGUCAAUUUAGAGUCACCAGUUAACCUAACCUGCAUGUCUUUGGACUGUGGGGGAAACCGGAGCACCCGGAGGAAACCCAUGCGGACACGGGGAGAACAUGCAAACUCCACACAGAAAGGCCCUCGCCGGCCAUGGGGCUCGAACCCGGACCUUCUUGCUGUGAGGCGACAGCGCUAACCACUACACCACCGUGCCACCUUGCAAAGCCAUCUGAAAUGUAAAAGUUUUCUGAUUGUGCUUCACAUUUUCCUUGCUCUGGGGACCACUGAAGGAGCGUUCACGUCGCGGUCCCUGUCAGGCGUUCUUACCUGCGAAUCCUUCAGCUACACUACGCUAACAAACUUGGCAAAGAUCCAGCAAUCCCAAAGAGCUACAGGCCAAUUUCCUUACUUUGUCACACGUACAUGCUCUUCGAACGCCUUUUUCUGAACCGCAUAGCCUUGUUUGUAGAUGACCAUUUUAUCCCAGAACAGACAGGUUUCAGACCUGGAAAGGGGGGAAUCACAGGUGCUGCAUUUGUUGACGUUUCUGCAGCGUACAACACAGUCAACCACAGAAUUCUUACCAAGAAACUGUAUGAGAUGACCUCAGAUGUGAGCCACCAAAAUUGACCCAGCUUUCCAUGCUGCCUGCCGGGCUGUCACUGGCUGCAUGAAACCCACGAAGGCAGAUGAUCUUUCCUUGCUGUGUGGCAUCGCACCCCCUAGCAUUAGAAGGACCGUCGCAUCCCAGAAAGUGAAACAGGAAAGUGACCCUCGCCACCCUCUUUUCAACCAUGUGCCAACGGGAAAGAGGAUGCCACAUUUGCCCAUGCCGAUAUUUUUUAUUUUUUUGGUUAAAAGUAGGUCAAACACACCCCAUGGUGGUCAUGUGAUAUUGUUACUCACUUGCUUUGGCAAUCUAUGGAAUCGUGAAAUGUGGGACUCAUUUUAUCUCAUUUAUACAUAGGAGACACAGAGUGCGCAGCAGCGAAACAUCUUGAAACUCCAACAGCAAUAGAAAUAGAACAUGCUGACCAGAAUUUAGCUUUGCAGUCAGAACCUUGAAGAAAAGAAUGUAUUUUUGCAACCGCUGGAAACUGUUGUUUUAGGCUUUGAAACAAAUGACUUUUAUAUAUGAAUUAGAUUCAAAGUUUAAUCUAAGAAGUUUUUUUGUAAACGAUAUUUCCACCAGCAUUUUUGUGUACUAUCUGUCUGUAGAUCAUUCUCCAUUAUGAGUGGAGUCCUGUUGUACCUUUAUAAUGUGUACAUUUCCCUGGGAAUAAUUUCAAAAUGAUAGUCUUCCUAAAAAAUUGGAAAUGUUACUGUGCAUCACUAUGAUUUACAGACUGAACACCAACAAAUCCAACAGUUUCAGUGUGGUGUGAAGAAAUGAACUGGCAUAUGAAGUUUCAAAAAUAGAACCCUUUAAAGACAAUGUUGCACACACAGAAAAGCCUAUCGAAACCGUAUCAGCGAGUUAAUAUUCAUGUGCUGGCCAGAGGAGGAGGAGCUCAGCCUACUGAAACUUGGUUCCUUUCACUGUUUGUUUUAAAUUUGUUUCUCCUUAUCACUUUUGCUCACUGGUAAAGACACUGAUGGUGCCAGUUAAUCUGAUUUUUACAGGACUGACCAUCAGUACUGUAAAAAUGCUGAAAAAAUCUUCUGUUUGACAGCUAAAAAUUAUUGUAACAAUCUGUAAUUUGAGUUCAGUGUAUUUUAAGUUAAACUCUGAAUCAUAUGGCAAUAAUAAACUCCAUCCAUCAGCAGAAAAAUCAAUGGAAAAAUCAAACUGGAAUUAUCUUUUGCCCAUAUUGCACAAUUUUUGAUGAUGGCAACCUCACUGUCACGGUUUUCUGAAUCAAAUAGCUUUUCAGAAACACUCUAGCCUGGCAAGCCAGACUAAAUGUGAAUAUUUAGUCUGGCCUCGCUCGUAGACAUUUCCGAAGGGUGGGGGUGGAACAACCCGCUGUCUUUCAAACUGUCUCUGUGCGUAUAGGCCAACGCUCUGACCAAUCAGCGCAACAGUGACUGUGACGUAGUCAGAGCAACAGAAAACAGUGGGGGAGGCCUUGAAAUAAAUAAUUUUUCAAAAUGCGUAUUAAUUAAUAAACAGGUUCUAGAUAUUAAGAAGUUUGGAGAUAAUGACCACAAGUUUGGAGUCUGUACCACAUACUUAACAUACACUUAUUUUUUUCAAGGGUUUGCUUAAACUGUUUUUGAGAGUUUUUAUUUAGUGGUGUUUUUGGUGAAAUAAUUUCCCUUAAAUUUAAAAUAACGGGAAAAUAAGAAACAAUCAAAAAGUAAUGUUUCAAAGCUGUUUAUUAAUUCUUCGUACUGCACAAACUAGCCCCAUCCUUUUGGCUACGAGCGGAGCCAGCUGGUAGAUCAGACUUUUGCCAUAGCCGGUCGGCAAAACGGCGAAAACGUUCUUCUUGAAAAGGAAUGAGCGGAGAGCCUCUUCCUGCUCAUGUUUCAACGAAAACUCCAAGUCUAAUUCUUCUAAAACUGAUUCCAAAGCGGAGUCAAACGUGCGCUGUUCACUAGCCGUAGCCAUCUUUCCUGUUGUGCUUUCUCCAGCGUCGCGCAGCUUUGUCGUCACUCCUGCAAAAGCCCGCCCAAAGAAUCCAAACAAAAACCUUGCGUUGUGAUUGGCAGGCACGAUUUGAUGCCCGGGGUGUUUUGUUGAUAUGGUGCGAGGCUAGACCCACUCGCAGGCAAAAAAUAUUUUUGGCCGCUAGGCGGGUGGGUCGAGUUUACUAGACUAGAAACUCUCGCUUUAUUGAUGAAGUCAUGUGGUAAUGUCCACACAAGUGACAUUUUCGCGAGCAUUUCUGAACCUCAAGCACAGCAAAUUUUUUUAUUUUUUAAUAAAUAACUGUGGUCUGAAAUACAACUGAGGUUCAAUACAUGACACCAUCACCUGUAUGUGUAGCCACAGAAGCACUUCCCUGUGAUGGUGACAUCACAUGCCAAUUUUUGGGUGCAAACAUGUGAGCUGUUGGUUAGAAUAUGGUAUUUGCCAUGUAACUGUUUGGAUCAGGUCUUUACUCUUUUGCUAAUGUACUUUGAGUUUUGAGUGAACUUGGUUUAGCUGGCAAAAAUCUUUGACCGUUAUAUUGAUCAGUGAGACUUGGCAUGAAGUUGGUUCAGUAGGAAAAAAAGUCGCUUCUGAUGUAGUUUUGCUUGCUACAUUUCACUGGGGGUAAGAAUUUCACUGGCGUGAAGCGUCAUUUUAAUGUAGAGUAACUAGUUGCUUAAAUUGCUACACCUUCCAAAUAGCUUGUCCAGCAAUUUUAAAUAUACAGUACAUUUGUUUCUUACAUUUUACGUAACUACGCAUGCUUAUAGUUCAUAUAUUAGCCUACUUUCCAAAAUCAGACUCUAGUCGUCAUGUUUACAUGCACACACUUCUUUUUCAUUUGCUUUUUUUAAUUGAACGCAAGUCAAUUAAUAUUUUCUUGUCAAAUGGAUUAUGAAGUCUACACCACCUCUUUCAGUCCAAUUAUAUUCUCAGUCAGAAUGGAGGAUUUCAUUCCUAUUGCUCUUUACAUGAAGAAAGUUCAUUCCAAUUGAGCUUGAAUCUGAUUUUCAGUAAAUUAUUAGGGUCCAUGUAAAUGUAACUAAUGGCUAAACGUCUGCCCAUGUGGUGAUUUUUUUUUUCUUUUUGAGGUUGUCAUCAUUUAUCUGUGGUCUUUGGUUCAAUAAACAUCAACAGUGUGAUCAUGAUAAAUUUGGAUGGUGUCACCUCAACCAGUCAAAACCAAAAGCCUUUUUGUAUAAAUGUAUAUAUUUUUUUAAAUUGUGUUUGUGUAAAAACAAAGUGCCAAUCAGGUCUUUUUAAUAUUGCCUUUAUAAAUAUUUUUAAUUAAAAAUGUUCAAUUAACUAUAAAUUUUUACUCUUGAAUGUUUGUAAUUUUGUUUUACUUCAGUGCUAUUGAAUGCUUGAUUCUGAUUGGUUUGUCAGUGAUGAUUAAUUUUUCAAGUAAGGGCAGCUCUAACAAUAACUCCAACUGCAAGGCAAGUCACAUGUUUAUAUUAGUGCACUUGUUCUACCAUAUUAUUGUCAGUCUAGUAACCAUGUUUAUUCAUGUAUUGUAUUUGGCUCUUUCUGAUUUGCAGAAAUAAAAAUUUUCUGAUGGAAUUUUUUCUUGAAUAAUAUCUCUGUUUAACUUGCAUAGGAACUUUGUAUUGCAGGACUGAAAUAAAAAUGGAUAUUAAAACAUGUAUAA